UCCACACAGAAGGCGGUGACCCCUCCAGCGCCCGGUCCGGUGAAGCAGCAGUUCUUACCGACCACAACCCAGCAGAGGAGAGAAGAGCCGGUGCCAGGGAAGCAGAACGGGUACAGCGGGAGGCCGGAGAGCUCAGAGACCUGCGCGUUCUGCCACAAGGCCAUCCUCCCCACCGCCGCCGCCAUUGAGGCCAUGAAGAAGCAAUACCACGCCAGCUGCUUCACCUGCCGCAAGUGUCACCGCCUCCUGGCCGGGCAGCUGUACUACCAGAAAGAUGGACGGCCCAUCUGUGAGCAUUGCUAUAAGGACACGCUGGAGAAAUGCGCCACCUGCCAGACGCUGAUCAUGCAGCACAUCGUGCGCGCCAUGGGGAACAGCUACCACCCCGAGUGCUUCAGGUGUGUGGUGUGCCACCGGACGAUCGCCGACGAGAGCUUCGCCGUGGAUGAAUACAACGACGUUCACUGUGCGCAGGAUUAUUACAGGAAAUACGCCCCGAUCUGUAACGUGUGCGGAGAGCCGAUCAUCCCCAGGGACGGGCAGGACUCCUAUAAGAUCGAAUGUAUCGGGCGAAACUUCCACGAGAAUUGUUAUCGCUGCGAGAAAUGUCGGGUGCUCCUGUCGCUGGACCCCACGGAGAGCGGCUGCUACCCCCUGGAGGGCCACAUCCUCUGCAAGUCGUGUCACCUGUCCUGGAAGGAUGAGCUGUCCUAGACCUGGGACCCGCCCAGCCGCCCCUCCCCCGACCCCGGUCAGCGAAAUUCCUCCAAAGAAAAGCCCGACGAAUGAUCUCCCACCAAGAAUGGCGGCGGGAAGGCUGGAAGCGACUGACCGAUGGGGAGGGGAGGAGCCAGGAGGGACAAGGACAGGAAAUUAAAGGAAUGUACCCCAAAGUGGAACCGAGCUCCGAUCUCAUCCACAGCACCUUAUAUACCGAACAAACGCUCCGCCCCUUUCCCGAUCUGUCCAAUCACGUCCAUACAAUGAACUUACCCGGGAAAGUGGGCGGACUCUGCACUCCGUCUUCUCUGCGAUUUGUAUUAUUUGUGCUUCAAUAUCCCACAAAUCAUAAAUUUCACCCAAUGGAAUCAGCCCGUCAGAGACUCCAAGAUAUCCCCCCACCAAGAGUUUGUGUCUCUGCCCCUCCCACAAUGAGGAGAUUUCUCUGCAGUAGUUUGUGUCUCUGCCCCUCCCACAAU